UUCUAACGAACCCAAUUCAAUCAUUAUACCUGAUCCUCUAAGCUUGACUGCAAAAAUGAAACUUUUCAUCACAUUGUCUGCCUUGUUGGCCGUUGCCGUGGCUGUCGAGUACCAUCACGUGGAACACAAACAUAUCCCGAUCGUUCACAGCGAAUCGUACCAUGGACACGAUGGUAGCUUCAAGCACGAGUAUGAAUCGGCCAAUGGAAUCUCAGUUCAGGAACAAGGCUACGUCAAGAACGCCGGAGACAAGGAGCACGCAACCAAUGUUGUUCACGGAACCUACUCAUACAUUGACCCCCAUGGCGUCCCAGUUUCCGUGAGCUACUCCGCUGAUGAGAAUGGUUUCCAGGCCCAUGGAUCGCACAUCCCAACCCCACCACCACUACCAAAGGCCCUGGUUGAAGCCUACGCCAAGGCCGGUAGCCAUCCGGAGAACCAUGCUGAUGUGCACUACAGCAAGCCCGAACCACACUACAAGCAUUACUAAGCGGAGCAACAUCCUUCCCUGAAUGAGUUUUUAGAUCUCAGACCAGGUCGUUUAUCCUGAUCUAAGAACUAGAAAUGCCUUCGACUGACCUGGGAAGAUGGCUGCGCGUUUCCAAAGAAAAGACUGCCCCUUUGUUUUCGACAGUUCUCAAUGUGAUAUCUCCCUGGUUGGCCCAAACCGGACCAAUCCGGAAGAUUUGUUCUGUUUUAUUUUUGUAGAAAAUGUCAGUGUAUGUAUACAAUAAAUCAGUUUAAUAACAACUUUAACGAA